CGGGUGAAGAACCUGUCUCGGGCGCUGCCCGACUCCAGAGAAGGGGGCAGGAGAGAGCCGGAGAGAGCGCGGCCGCCCAGCCUACGCCUAAGAUGCUGGGGAGCCUCCUGCUGGCCGGGGCCCUGCUGCUGCUGCUGCUGCUGGCCUGGAGGAACCGGGACCUGCUGGUCCUGAUCUGGCACGACCGCGUCGCCGUGUGCAUCGCCAACUUCUUCUCGGGCAUGAGCAAGGAGGAGAGGAUCCUGAACUGGGUCAAGCAGCGGGCGACCGCGGGCGACCCCGAGAGCGUGCUGGGCGCCAUCGACCAGUACUGCUACCAGAAGGAGUGGGCCAUGAACGUGGGCGACACCAAAGGGCUGAUUGUGGACAAGGUGGUGGAGGAAGUCAAGCCCAAGGUCCUGCUGGAGCUGGGGACCUACUGCGGCUACUCGGCCGUGAGGAUGGGCCGCCUGCUGCCCCCCGGAGGGCACCUCUUCACCAUCGAGUUCAAUGAGAGCUUCGCGGCCAUUGCCCAGCAGAUAAUCCAGCUGGCCGGCCUGCAAGAGAAGAUUUCCAUCCUGAAAGGGCCCACAGAGGAGAUCAUCCCCCAGCUCAAGAAGAAGUACGAGAUCAAUACGGUCGAUAUGGUCUUCCUGGACCACUGGAAGGACCAUUACCUUCCGGACACCAGGCUCCUGGAGGAGAGCGGCCUGCUCUGGAAGGGCUCCGUGCUCCUGGCCGACAACGUCGUCCUCCCCGGGGCGCCGGAAUUUCUCCAGUACGUCCGCAACCACAAAGGCUUCGAGUGCACCCACUACCCCUCCAUGCUGGAGUACCUGCCCGUGAAGGACGGACUGGAGAAGGCCGUGUUCCUGGGCUGAAGGAGGGCGCGUGGGGGGGAAGGGCCCCCCCUCUGAGCCUGGCGGGGCCCCUGGGGCCUCAGGAGCCUUUUCUAUUUUCUGCAAGUAAAUACAUGCCCCGACCCCCUUGGAA